AUGCCUCCUAAACGUAUAACAAGAAGUCAGGCUCAAGCUUCCCAGGCUUCUCCUGCUUCAGAAGAAAGCGUCACCACGAUAUCUAGACAUGCAAGACAUUCAAGAGCUACAGACGUCGAUCCCAAUAGGACGGUCAAAGGGGGAACGCCUCAACCUGAAGUUCAAGCUCUAUCGUCCACUGCUCGAGCACCCGAAGCACGAGCGGUAAUCAGAGAUUGCCAAAAGAGUACCGCCGCCUCUCGACGUUAA